AUGUCUGGGCAUGUUGUCGGUGACCAGAGAUUGGAACCACAACCUGAGAAGAUAAGUGCAAUUGAACAAGCGCUGAGACCUGAGACAAAGACACAGUUGAGAUCAUUCCUUGGUUUAGCUGGGUUUUACCGGAAGUUCAUCGCAAACUUUGCAUCUAUUGCAGUACCUUUAACGGAGUUGAACAAGAAGGGGUUCCCAAAUAGAUUGGAAUGGGGUGAUAGUCAGGAGAAGGCAUUUGAACCUUUGAAGAGGGCAUUGACAGCAAGACCUAUUCUAAAACUUCCUGAUCUUAAUGAGGAUUUCAUCCUCAGGACAGAUGCAUCUGAUACCGGAUUAGGGGCGGUACUACUGCAGAUUGAGGAGGGUUUGAAGUUACCUGUUGCGUACGCGAGUGAGAGGAAUGUGGACGAGACAACUGGCGCGACACACAUUGGGUCAGUUCCACAAGGGCAGACAACUGGUGCUACACACAGUGGGUCAGUUCUACAAGGGCAGACAACUCAUAGUUGUACUGACGUCAUUCGUCAGUGA